AUGACCACAAAGAGCCAGGCUCCGAGACACUCACUACCGCCCAAGCCUAUGGCGGCUUCCCCCUCGGCAACAUCUGAUGAUCCGCAUCGCUCUCUGACUGAGAGCUGCGUGCUCGGCAAUCGUGACCGCCAGAUGGAUUGGUCGAACUCGCAAAACGGCGGCUCCACGUGGAACGGACACGCCUGGUCGACCACGCCUCCCCUUCCAACGCCAGCGCUUACCGCCAGCUCCAUGUCUUCAUCUUCGCUACACGGAGAAAGGUCGCCCAUUCUAGGGUCGUCCGGACAUGGCCCUUUCACUCGCAGAAACUUCGACAUUCCCACCAUGACCAGCCUGCCUCCCGCCAAAAGCUUCGACGAGGCACCUUUGCCGCUGUCUGGCAGCCACCAAUCUCCUUCCAGCGCCCAUACCGCGCACGGCAUCGCCUCAGAUUCGUACAGCCAGUACGACGGAGCCAUUUCUUCGCUCUCCUCCUCGUUUGGUGCGCUCAGUACGUCUCCGCAGCAAGGCAGAGACGUCACCGGAUCGAUGGACGCGACAUCGCUUCGUAUGGCAUCGUCGCCGCAUUUGGCCGAUCCCAGCCAACAAACGCCCAUGCUGAUUCCAAUGCAGCCCACCGGAGCCGGAGUAGAGCUCACCUCGGUCGUCGAGACCCUCUCCUCAAGAGGAUCCAAGGCAGCCGCUGAAGAUCCCGAGACAGUCGCCGCUGCUUACAAGCUCAGUCAGUGGGGCAUCGGAAUUGGUCCUGGCAUCAACCCCAAGGUUGCCGCCUCUCGCAACGGUAAUCACAGCCGCGGACGUAGCACCGCCAGUGAGCCUCCCAUCGUCAACACGGGUAACUCGGGCCCCAUGUGUGUCCAGUCAGGCGACUGGAUUUGCACUGGUUGUGGCUUUGUGAACUGGAGGCGACGCGAUGUUUGCAUGAAGUGCUUCCCACACGCGGAUGGCAACGAGAUCAGUCGCGGCAUUCAGAGCGGAGAGACGCUUGCCAAGAGGCUCGCCGCAGGCCUGGACACGGAUACAGACGAGUAUCGACAGUCCGUCCAGGCUCUGUGCCCGGACAAGGAGAAGCGGGUCAACAGCUACAUGCCGCGACCUCCUGUACAUGCGCUGCCUCCGAACCCUAUGCAGGCCUACGGGGGAUCAAGCCAGGGCCACCAUCAUCAACGAUCCUCCAGCACCCAUGUUCAUCCUUCCAACGUGCUCGGCAUCCAUAUGAGCUCGGCAGAGCAGCUGCAGUGGCGACAGCAGACGAACCGCCAACGUUCGAUGACGGAGCAGUUCGCGGGACAGGGAUACUAUCAGCAGCGGAUCACGCCAGGACAGAUGUCUCCUCCGGGCGCCUCAUCGUUGCAGCAGCUGCGCCAGUGCCAGCAACAGCAGCAACAGCAGCAGCAGCAGCGCUUCGGCGGUGAUCCGAAUCACGUCGAUAGCCCUUACAAGGCGUACACUCCCUGGAAACCGAUGCCUGGCGCUUCCGACAACUCUGUUCGCUCUCCCACGCAGCAGCGACCAACGGGCAAUGUCGCUUCACCCACGCCGACCGCUGCAGGACGAGCGAGCCUGUUCCGUUCAGCGACGUACGCUGGGGAAGACCUGGCGUUCAAACAUGGUGGAAGUCGACAGGCCUCCGCGCCUCACGGCGGCAACAACAGCACCCGCGCUCCCGCCACUGGCUGGUCCAGCGUUCCCGAAGAGCCUUCCCCGGGCCUUCCCAGGGAUAUAUGGGCUCCCGCGCCCAAGCAAGCAGCGCUCGUCCCCGUCGAUCCGGAAGACGUCUCGCGGGAGAAACGCGCCCAGCCGGAACCCAUCGGCACACGAUCUUCUCGCAGUGGCAGUGGAGCCGCUAGCACCUCGACGACGACGGGCGGAACUCAUCUUCACCUCAACUUGGAAUCGACUGGACCUAAGGACGACAAGCAGGCCAACAACGCCUUUGUCGAUUAUUGGAUCUCGGACUCUCUCACUGCUCCUCCUCCUCCCUCGGCUGCCUCGACUGCCACUUGUGCUUCUGCUACGCUCUCGUCUUCUGCUUCCAUUUCUGCUCCCGUCUCAGCUUCUCUUUCCUCGCCUGCUUCUGCUUCUGGUCAGGUUGGCGGCAAGUCCAGCCCUUGA